AUGGCGGAUGAAUCUAUAGAAGUAUUGCAAGAAGAAGAAGAAGAAGAGAAUGUUGAAGAAAUACAAACUGAUACUGAACAAGCAUCGAAAGAAUAUGACAGACCUUUUCCACCAUCUUAUCCAAUACCAGCUGGUGCUGGCGAGGGUGUACCAGUUCAAGCUGGAAGACGUCGAGAGUCCGUGUUAAGUGCUUCACCUUUAGCGGAAGAGUCCGUGAUAACAGAAUUGAAAGCAGCCGAUGAAAGAUGUAAAGUAGUCGCAGACGAAAUUAAAAAAUUAAAAGAAGAAAUGCUUCAGUUAGCUGAUAAAAAAGAAUUGACGGACGAGGAUACAAUAGUGAUUCAAAAGAAGCAAGAGGAUUUAAUGUCAAAGUUAGCUGAGUUUGAACAAAUGACACGAAAGUUACAGAGACUGUUAGGAUUAACUGAUCCUACUAAAGAGGUCGAAAUUUUACCGGCUGAAAAAACUAAAGAUGAUAAAGAAAAAUCCAAAGCAGAAAUGGUGCCUGCGAUGGACGAUCAUUUUGAUUUACCUCAACCAGAAUAUCAAGAAGACAAGCUUCCAAGAGUGAUCGUCUGUGGUUACACAGAAGACGAAAUGCCAAAGAUUGUGAUAGCGGACGGUGAACGAGGAGGAAAGAAAGAAUGUUUGCAAAAUUUAACAGGAAAAUUGACUGAAUCCUUGACUAUGCAAGAAAAAUUAGUUAAAGAGAACGCACAACUGGAAGGUGGAAAAUACGAAUUAGAAGAAGCAUUAUUGGAGAAAGAUACAGCUGUCGAGUGUCUUCAACGGAAGGUAUGCGGAUUGCAAGCUGAAAUACGUUUAAUGGUGAAGGAGAAUACGGAAUUAAAUCGUCGAUUGGCUUGUUUAAAUCAACGUAUCACUACCCCAACUUGCUGUUACACCUAUCCGGAACGUAGGUCAUCUUGUUCACCACCAACAGUCUCAUCUUUACCAGCGUAUUCGCAAGUUACUUCAUCGUUGCCGGAUCAGGGUUGUUGCCAGUGCAAAUAUUGCGUUACUUACGAUAGUCCUGUUCAAUCGCCUACUUCUAUAUGCGGAUCAUCUAGAUUGGCAGGUGGUGCAUCGAGAACAGGCAACUGUAUUUUGAGUAGAAGUUCAUCACAAACCGAAGAAAUGUGUUUCCGUAAUCCAACAGUUUGUUCUAAAGUCUGUCCCGAGCCAACACCUAGAGGUGUUUGCCCAGCCGAAUUGGAGAACAAAUUUGCCAUUUAUGGGAACAAUACGAAACAAUUGGCACAACAGUUAGGUAGUAUGGAGUGUGAAGUACGAAAUAUGCAAAUAGAAUUAGCGAAUGUUCAACGAGAACGUCAACAAUUGGAACAACAACGCAAGUUGCUUAAAUGUUCCGGACCCUGUGCACCAUGCGCCUGCUGUCCUCCACCACCACCACCUUGUGGUGGUCUUCCUCCUUCUGUGAUUUCAAGUUAUAUUCCAAGUACUCAAUUACCUGCAAGCUCUUGUCCUCAACAACAAUUACGUGAUUUGCGAGAACAAUACGCACGUCUUCAAGAUGAUUACAAGAAUAAAUUAUGCGAAGUAUCUUGUCAAAAAGAACAGAUGAUGGAGCAAGAGCAAGCAUUGAUAAUGGCCAAGCAACGUUUUGGAAAAGCACAGGAUGAAUUAGAAGAAUUGCGAUCAUUGAUUCAAGAUCAAGCUGCUCAAUUGGAAGAUUAUCGCAAUAAAUAUUUACAAGCUCAGCAACAGGUUGAGGAACAACGUCGACAACUCGACCUCAUGGAGAUGGAUAAUGCAAGAAUGAAUGAAAAUGUAACAUUAGAAAUUGGAAGGGUCAAAAAUCAAUUUCAAGAAAAACUCGCGGAACUUGCACCUUUGCCGGACAUCUUGAAGCAAACACAAAUGAAACUUCAAGAAGCUCAACAAAUGAGAUUAGUAGCCGAACGUAAUUGCGAGGAUCUUUCACGAGAACUUUUAGGAUGUAAGGAUAAGAUUCAAACGUUGCAAAGUCAAUUAGACGCACUACGUAACGAACAUCAAACAUUACAAGAGGAAAGAGGGCUUGGUACGGGACGAUUUGAUGAGUUAGAAAAGAAGAACGCUGAAUUAAGACACGACAAUGAACGUAUGAAAAACACACUUGCUAGAUUCGAGGAACACGAAGCACAAUUGCAGAAACGCAUAGAUGAAAAGAUGCAUGAAAUAACACAAUUAACUGCAAUGCUCGAACAAGUGAGAGAAGACAGCGCAAGACAAGUGGCACGUACCAAAGAAAGAUGUGAAACAGUGAGACGAACAAUGCAAGGCCAAAUAGCUGAGAUGGAAAGACAACUAGCUCAGUGUAGAGCAACAGCUAGAGCAGCACAGAAGGAUAGAGACGAGAUUAGGCAAAAGAUGCAAAGUCAGAUAAAUAAUUUAAACGAAGCUUUCGAACAAGCUCAAGGCCGUAUCAGAUCAUUACAAGGACACGUGAAUUAUUUAAAAACUUCGUACAGUAAUGUUUUUAAAGGACAAGGAGAAAGUCCUGUUGGUUUGCCAGGAGAUGGUACGCUAGGUGCGGGAUACGAUUCUUGCGACUGCAAUUAUUAAUUGAU